AUGGAGCCUUCUGGAGCACCGAGUCAGAUCAGCAAAGAUAACUUUUUAGAAGUUCCUAACUUAUCCGAUUCUCUGUCCGAAGAUGAAGAAGAUAAAGCUACUCUGAAACCAGCAGGUUUCUCCCCACAGCCCAGAAGACGAGGCUCUGACUCCUCUGAUGAUUCCUAUCUGGCCACCCCGUCUUCCGGGACAAGAAGAGUUUCCUUUGCUGACACCUUCGGGUUCGAUCUUGUAUCUGUCAAAGAAUUUGAUUGCUGGGAUUUACCAAGUGCUUCCACCAAUUUCAGCCUCACCAAUGACAUUUUCCGCCUGGAAGAGUAUGUUUUAUCUCCGCUGUUUGACCUGCCUUCUCCCAAAGAGCUUAUGCAACAACUUCAAGUGCAGAAAGCGGUUUUGGAGUUAGCAGAGUACCUUCCCGGGGCUGCAAGUAUAAAGGGCAUUAUCCGGGUUUUAAAUAUUUCUUUUGAGAAGUCAGUCUACGUGAGAAUGUCCUUAGAUGACUGGAAGACGCAUUUUGACAUUUUAGCAGAGUAUGUGCCAAAUUCAUGCGAUGGAGAAACUGACCAGUUCUCCUUCAAGAUUUCACUGGUUCCUCAUUAUCAAAAAGAUGGCAGUAAAGUCGAGUUUUGUAUACGUUAUGAAACGUCUGUGGGUACAUUCUGGUCAAAUAAUAAUGGCACAAAUUAUGUAUUGGUUUAUAAAAAGAAAGAACAAGAGCCCAAGCCUGUGAAACUUUUGGAAGAAGUUCCUAACAAACAAAGAAAAGGCUGCUUGAAAGUGAAACCAAGUAAAGAAGAAUCAUCAGUAACAUCAGAUGAGCAUAACUUUGAGAACUCAAAGACUACAGAUACCCAUAUCCCAAUAAUCGUUUGUUCCCAAGAGGAUAAGGAAGACUUGGAAACCGGCAUUCAACAUGUAAAAGAUGUAAACAGGGACCAGGAUGAACACGACAGAAAAGAAUUAGAGCUGAGGAUAAAUCAAGACUUAAUAAGAAGCACUGCUUCCAGGGAUGAAAAGAAUACAUUUUCAACAGAUCCAGUCAAUUUUCCAAGUAAGGGUGAGGUGCUACAGAAGAAGCAUAAUCAUGAUGAAGUACACAGUGACUUGCUUAAAAGGACUUUGCCUCCAAGUUCAUCAGCAGAAAGCUCCUUAAAGAGAGAUUUUUGUAGCAACGAAAAAUAUUUCUCAGGAAAUGAGUGUAGUCAUCGACCUUCAGAGGAAAUCACUUCAGAUAGGAGAAAAAUCAAGCCAUCUUUGGGAAAUACUGGUAGGGAUGACUUGGUGCAAUUACAUGUUAGCCACAAAGAAGUAUUGGAUGAUAAUGCCAAUCCAGCUCAAAGGAGGGUCAGUGUGCAAAUAUCUUGUCCUUCUUCGGAUCAGCUAAUGGAAGACAACCUUAAUAAAAAACAAGAAGGAGGAGCUAUGGGAAUUAAAAUGAAAGAUUUGGAAUGUUCAAGAAGAGAUUUCCAUUCAGAUUUCCACUUGGAAGGAUCAAUAGAAAAGGGAUCUUCCAAGAAAGAUUAUGGAAAUGGUAAGAAUGAGGAGCAAAGAAUGCAUCUGGGUGUUAGUGAACAACAAAGCAAAAAUCUUCAGUCAAUCUUACAUGACCAAGAAAAGAUAAGCUACUCUGAAAUAAGUGUGAAAGAGACUGGAGCUAGUAGCAGAGGACUAACUGUUCUGCAGAGUAAGGACACCUCAACUCCCAACCAGGCAGUCAGAGAAGAUCCAUUUCAAUCACCAAGAGGAAGUCUAAGUUGGGGAGAAGCCGUGUCAACAACCACAGAGCAUGAUCUCUCAAUUAGCAAAGGCACUACUUCAGGAGAGAUGCCUACUCAAGUUGGUUCAUCAAGAAAUGGAAAUAUUUUGAAGAAUGAUUACCUUUUCCAAGUUGAAGAAGAAAAUGUAAGUAGGAUUAAUCCUGAAAAUCAGAGUAAGAACAAACACCGUAAAAAACGAUGGAAUUUUCUGGAAAGUCAGGGAAAAGCAAUAGAGAGUAAGACAAAUACAACCCAGCAGAUCAAACAACAUGCAGAUUGUGAAGAUACCUGUGGGGGAAGAGAUAAUACGAGGAGUCUGACUGCUACUCCUACAGAGAAGUUGUUUACCUGCCAAGAAGCAGUGAGCUCUGAACUGUCUCCUCUAGCUGAUCAUGAUAUGACUGAGAAAGCAGGAGCAGGUACUGCUUAUCUAAUUAAGACAAUAUCAGAAAGUACUCUAGAAAGCAUGCCUGCUGGAGACAAAGCAGUAAUUGCUAAGCUACCUCAAGAGACGGCGCGAAGUGACAGGCCCAUCGAGGUAAAGGAAAAAGCAUUUGAUCCACAUGAAGGGAGAAAUGAUGACUCACAUUAUACCUUUUGUCAAGGAGCUACAGUAGGUGUAACCUGUGAUGAUGGCUUUGAAAAAACAUCAUAUUUAGAUAUUUGUAAUGUACAUGUAGAUGAAAUGGAGAGUGAAGAAGCCAUAUCGACGCACAAUCCUGCAAAGACACAUGACAGGAAGAAACAUGGCACUGGAACUAUAACACCUGUAGAGGAAUCCUUGCAGGUCAUUAGAAGCAAUCAAAAAACAGCCUCAAAACUGGGAGUGGGACUGUCACCAGCCGAUAAAAAAAUAUUUUCGGAAAAUAGAGAUCCUGGGCAGGUCCAAGAAUUAUCAAAGGAAAUGGGUACAGGUGCUAUUCUUCAGUCUGCUUUAAACGCAGACACUCAGAGAGCAUCUGAGAAUGGCUCUCCUGUUUCCAAUCACCAUGCUAAAACCUCAGUGUCAUCUUAUGAGCAGGCAGUUGCUAUAGAUAAUACAGUUAGUACCAUGGCUCUCCAAUCUAUUCGUACUAAAUCAGAAUAUAAUUGUAAUCCAGCAAGCGGAAUCCAGGGUAUUGGCAAACCCCCUCAUGCUGGGGAUACAAUUGAAGACGUUUCCAAAAGUUCAGUGAGAUCAGUGAGCAGGAAAGAAACACAUAGAGGAGAAUGCAGUGUGGAAAAGUGUGUAGGGCCAGUGGUUUUAAUCUCUGAUGCUGUUGAAAACACAGCAGAGGUCAGGCACAGAAUUGAAGGUGUAUUAAACUCUGGACAAGCACCGUGUUUUUCAGGUGACAAGGAAUCUGAGAGCUCUGCUUCUGCUAACCUCCCUGCCCACGAAAGUCAAGCUCAAAGCAGUCAAUCUCUGCUUUUGAAAUGCACCAACUCAAAAAUAUCUUAUUUCCUAUUGUUUCUGAUAUUUCUUGUGACCAUCUACCAGUACGACUUAAUGAUUGGCUUGGCCUUCUAUCUUUUGUCGUUGUACUGGCUCUCCUGGGAAGGGGGAAGACAAAGGGAGUCUGUCAGAAAGAAGUAG